AACUUACAGCAUUUUGUUAAGUGGAUGGGGUGAGAUUGGUGAUUCAGAUAAAGCCCGCGAACUGUUUGAAGCAAUGCUUGAACAAGGAUGUCCAGUGGAUUUGCUUGCGUAUAACAAUUUGUUGGGCGCUCUUUGCAAAGUGCAAAUGAUGUGCAAUCAGCUUUCAGGGUUCUUGAUAAAAUGAGAAGAGUGGGAAAAGGCAGAAACAAAGUAUUAGGAGCAGAAACAGAAUGGAGUCAACGCGAGAAUUGGAAACAGAGAAAAGCGAUUCAGAAGAAGCAGUGAGAGGUAAAGGAACAUGGAAGCAAGCAGCUUUCCAUGUUGCAACCACCAUUGCCACCCCUGCUGCUUUUGCCCCUUUGCCCUUUGCUAUUGCUUCUCUCGGUUGGCCUCUUGGUGUGAGUAGUCUGGUGAGUGCAACACUAGCCACCUGGUACUCUAGCUUUUUGAUCGCUUCUCUGUGGAAAUGGAACGGGGAGAAGCACUUUACCUACAGACAUCUGGCACAUAGUAUUUUCGGAUUGUGGGGGUACUGGUCUAUUGCCAUUUUUCAGCAGGUAGCUUCUCUGGGAAAUAACAUUGCCAUUCAAAUUGCAGCUGGCAGCAGCCUUAAGGCAGUUUACAAGCACUAUCAUGAUAAUGGAACAUUGACCCUGCAGCAUUUUAUUAUUUUCUUUGGAAUCUUUGAACUACUUCUCUCCCAGCUCCCGGAUAUUCACUCACUGAGAUGGGUAAAUGCACUCUGUACUUUCAGCACAAUAGGCUUUGCUGGUACAACCAUUGGUGUUACCAUUUACAAUGGGAAGAAGAUUGAUAGGACUUCAGUAAGUUAUAGUUUGCACGGUAGCUCUGCUUCUAAGUUCUUCAAAGCCUUCAAUGCGCUUGGGACCAUUGCCUUUUCCCGCUUUUCAUUCUCGCAAACUGGAGAGGCUUUUCAGGAGGGCAAAGGGACCUUUUUGAAGGAAUUCUUCAGGCUGGUUCAACUAUUGUGGAGAACCUUAGAACAUACAAGCAACCCAUAUUUGUGUACAUCCCAAUGAUGGGGGAACUCCGAGGUGGUGCAUGGGUGGUUGUUGACAGUCAAAUCAAUUCAGACCACAUUGAAAUGUAUGCUGAUCGAACAGCUAAAGGUAAUGUCCUUGAGCCAGAAGGAAUGAUUGAGAUCAAAUUCAGAACAAGGGAAUUGUUAGAGUGUAUGGGUAGACUGGAUCAACAAUUGAUAACUCUGAAGGAAAAACUUCAGGAAGCCAAGAGUAACAGG